AUGUCGUCUAUUCCCUUUAAAAGACUGCUGGUCUUACCGACCACUCUUUCAUACGCACUCAUCCAAUACAAACCCGAUGUUUUGUUAUCCUCACAGCCUAGUUACCUAGGAACAUUUGUGCAAUUAUGGCUGUUACAGUUCAUAGGCUUCGUAAUAUGGAGAGUACUAUUAUAUCCUUUCUAUUUCUCGCCACUGAGACAUUUACCUUCGCCAAAGGGUGGUAGUUGGUGGAAUGGCCAAUGGAAGAGAAUCUCGGGAGAGCCAACUGGCCAACCUAUGCUUGACUGGAUACAGGAAGUACCAAAUGACGGCAUUAUACGAUAUUUAGGGAUCUUCAAUUCAGAGCGAGUUAUGGUCACAAAUGCCAAAGCCCUCAGCGAAGUUCUUACCACUAGAAAUUACGAUUUCGUCAAACCUUCUACUCUUCGUCUCGGACUAGGGCGCCUCCUUGGUAUUGGAGUUCUAUUGGCAGAAGGGGACGAACACAAAGUACAGAGAAAGAACCUAAUGCCUGCAUUUGCAUUUAGACAUGUUAAGAACUUAUAUGCCGUCUUCUGGGAUAAAUCUUGUGAAGGAAUAAAAGCCAUGACCACAGAAGUCAAGGCCAAGGAACGCGGUGAUAUCCCCAACGAUACGAGUGGAGAAAAAGAUGGAAAAGUUGAAGAAAAUCUCAAUCAACCAGAAAAGGGUGUGGCGUUCAUGGAAGCCAUGCAGUGGGCAAGCAGGAUAACACUGGACAUAAUUGGAAUAGCUGGCCUGGGAAAAGACUUUGGAGCCAUUCAGGACCCCGAUACAUUACUCAAUCGGACGUACAGGACUGUGUUUAAGCCAACACGCUCUGCACAGAUCCUUGGAUUCCUCCAGCUUUUCUUACCUGGAUGGUUCGUGAAAAGAAUCCCUAUCAAGAGAAAUGGGGAAAUCGAGGAAGCUGCAGAAAUCAUCAGAUCGGUUUGUAGAGAUCUCAUUCAUGAGAAAAAAUUGAAGUUGGAAAAGAAGGAGCUGACCGAUGUGGAUAUCCUGAGUGUCGCGCUGGAGAGUGGCGGAUUUCCCGAUGAAAACCUCAUCGAUCAACUCAUGACUUUCCUAGCAGCCGGUCAUGAAACCACAGCGAGUGCCAUGUCUUGGGCAAUUUAUUUACUUUGCGCACACCCCAAAGUUCAAUCUCGUCUUCGGGAGGAGGUUCGCGCAAAACUACCUAGUCCGGAAUCCACUGCUACCGUCACAAAUCAAGAUAUCGAUUACAUGCCCUACCUAAACGCUGUCUGCAACGAAAUCCUCCGCUAUUUCCCGCCCGUUCCUCUCACUCUUCGCGAAGCCGCCGUCGAUACAAUCAUUUCCGGCCACCGAAUUCCCAAAGGCACACGUGUCAUGCUAAUUCCCUGGGCCACCAACAAAGACGAAAAGAUGUGGGGGCCCUCGGCACGAAAGUUUGACCCUGAUCGAUGGAUGCCCGAGAAUGGUGAGUCCCAUCACACGAGUGGAGGGAGCUCAAGUAAUUACGCAUUCCUUACCUUCUUACAUGGACCAAGAGGUUGUAUCGGACAAGCAUUUGCAAAGGCGGAGUUUGCCAUAUUAUUGGCCACGUGGAUUGGCAGGUUUGAGUUUGAGUUGAGGGAUGAGAAGUUGUUGGAUGAGAAGAAUUUGGAUAUUAAAGGGGGGGUAACGGCAAAACCGGCGAAGGGUUUGUAUGUGAAGGUUAAGGUUAUUGAUGGUUGGUAG